AAACAACUAUGAAGAUUGCAGCUUUGGCAUUGAGUUUACAUCUUCUCUAUGUUUUUUUGCAGAUUAUGAGAUCAGCACCAAUCGGUACUGAAGCUGUAAUUUCAACUUUUUUCACUGAUGAUUUUAGGAGUACAUCUCUUAACAGAAGCAGUUUUCCCGAAAAUUUUAUAUUUGGGACAGCAUCAUCUGCUUAUCAGUGUGAAGGUGCAGCUAAUGUUGGUGGCAGAGGACCAAGCAUAUGGGAAACAUACACUCAUAAUUACCCAGAUAAAAUACUGGACAGAAGUAAUGGAGAUGUUAGCAUUGAUCAAUACCAUCAUUAUAAGGAAGAUAUUGAAAUAAUUAAGGAGUUGAACAUGGAUGCCUAUAGAUUCUCAAUCCCUUGGUCCAGAAUACUUCCGAUUUUGAAAUUGAAACAAGUAACUCAACUUGUUGACCUCCAUAAUGCAGGUCUUGAAGCCUUUGUGACCAUAUUUCAUUGGGACCUUCCUCAAGCCUUAGAAGAUGAAUAUGAUGGUUUUUAA